AGAAAUGCUGUUACAGUACCCCUCAACACGUGGACUCAUCAAUGUCAAAGUUGGUCAACAAGCACUGGGACAAUGAAGACCUACUAUAAUGGUACUCUGAUAGGGUCUAAAAGUGUUUCCUCAGCUCCAUUAGAAGAGGGGGGUGUUAUCACUCUGGGACGCAUUGGUAGCAACAACUGGACACCUCCAAUAUUCGGUGGGCAGCUGAUGAAACUAGAUAUAUUUGGAAAAGUGCUCAGUUCAGAAGAAAUUGCAGAUAUAUACAACGCUGGGAGAUGUUCCGAUGUAGAAAAGAAGCACCAGGAAGUCAGGUUCGUCACCUGGGAGAGCAUCCUGAGUCAGGACAGAACUGGUAAUGUCACUGAAGUGGAUUCUGGGUGUCCUGCUGAAGAAGAAGAAGAGGAGGACGAAAAGGAUGAUUGUGAGUGUACUCACAGCAUUUGGGACAUACUCUAUGAUCAGACCUACUUUAACCAAACACUGACAACAGAGAAACUGACCGAGCUAAAAUCCACUUGGAACAUGUUGGAACAUUUCGUCGGGACACUGAUCACGGAGAACAUCGUAUCUCAUUACAAAGUCUUCCAUCCUAUGCCUGCAGAGAACGAAGUAAAAGAAUAUGGAGAUUGUGAGUGUACUCACAGUAUUUGGGACAUGCUAAAUGAUCAUACCUACUUCAACCAAACACUCACCGAAGAAAAACUGACCGAGCUAAAUGCUAACUGGAACAUGUUGGAUUAUUUCGUCGGCACACCGAUCACGGAGAAUAUCAUAGCUUAUUUUAAGGCGUACCAUCCUAUGCCGGCAGAGGAAGAUGACAGCAGCUAGAGGAAAAAAAUCAAGGGGGAGGAUUAACUCAUCGGUCCUACUAAAAAGUACACUGUUCUCCCUGCUGCUGCCUGGUUACUAAUUUGCAGACGAGGAUCUAAUUUCUCUGAUACGUAUCAUGGGAUUAGUCUGAUGUCAGAGCUUUUUGAACUCGUUUCCAUAAAAGUAACCCGUUUUAGAA